UGUCUCUUGUUAAGAUGGGUCUGUCUGGGCUCUCUGGAAAACAGUGGAAAGUAGCCAAAGGACCUCCCUGUCAACGCCUUUGCUAGAAUGGCUCUGACCGUGCCUCUCUGAGAGAACACCACGUCCCGGCAAGCUCUCCGUUCACUUAGGAGGUCGUUAUGCUUAGCCAGGCUAUUGCUGCGACACACUGUGGGGUUGGCAGUCCUCUCUGGUCGCAGGCACACAAUCUGAAGGACCACUCUUCCAAAGCUGCAGUUGCACAGAUGCAAAGAUGGAGGCACGGAGUAUGCUUACACCUGGAGCAUAAGAAUUUCAGAAUUCCUAAAGAGAGUGGUAACCCCCAUUCUUGGAAUGUUUCAUUUUCCUGAAGAAAAAUUAAUAGAAUCAAUGACUGCUUAUUUGGUGCUUUUAGAGUUUAGUUGUGAAUGCCAAGAAAGCUCGCAGUAGCUUGCUCACGAGAGGUCUUCCCCCAAGCUAUCGUUUAGACUUUCCUCAAAUUAGGAGCUGUCUUUAGCUUCUGGGGGUGGGUUUACUGAUUAAUGUGAUUGUGAAGGUCAAAGUCCCUGCUUUUGGCAGUAGCAGAACAGUCGCCCCUGAUGGCUCGUGAGUUGCGUCACCUGGAGUCCCGAGGUUAAAGGAUAUUUCUCCCCUGAGGUCCUCAUGGAGUACUGGGUCCUUCAUUUGCUCUCCAGACAGAAGGAUUUUCCGUGUUCUGCACAUUUGGCAAGUUCUCUGGACAUACAAGGGGGCAACAAGCUUGCUCUUCCACUGACAUCCACUGAUACUGACACCUCUGUCUGAAUAAUGGAGAGGAGCCUGAAGAAUGUCGUGGUGGUUUCUUGUGGAUUCUUCUUCCUCUUCCUUGCCUACGGGGGUCUGCAGAAUCUACAGAGCAGCCUCUACAGUGAGGAUGGCCUGGGGGUGGCCACACUCAGCACCCUCUAUAGCUCUGUGCUGUUGUCCUCCAUGUUCCUCCCGCCCAUCCUCAUCAAGAGGUGUGGCUGCAAGUGGACCAUUGUAGGCUCCAUGUGCUGCUACGUGACCUUCUGCCUGGGCAACUUCCACGCCAACUGGUACACCCUGAUCUCUACCUCCAUCCUGCUGGGAAUGGGUGCAGGCCCUCUGUGGUCAGCUCAGUCUACCUACCUCACCAUCCUGGGAAAUUUGCAUGCAGAGAAAGUGGGAAAGCUUGGCAAGGAUGUGGUGAACCAGUACUUUGGCAUCUUCUUUCUUAUAUUCCAAUCAUCUGGAGUGUGGGGCAACCUGAUUUCUUCAUUGGUGUUUGGCCAGACACCCAGUGAAGGGCCCGUCUCAAAGGGACAGCUCACAACCUGUGGAGCCAAUGACUGCCCGAUGGCUCCAGAGGCCACCAAUGGCACCCACCGCCCCUCCCAAAAGCUGAUCUACACACUGCUGGGCAUCUACACUGGCAGCGGUGUCCUGGCCAUCCUACUGGUAGCCAUGUUUCUUGAACCCGUGGCAGAAAAACCGAAGAAACAAGGAAAGAAAAGGUCCAAGACACCACCUUUCUGGUCCACAUUGCUGUCGACCUUCAAGCUGUUUAGAGACAAGCGUCUGUGCCUCCUGAUCCUUCUGCCAGUGUACAGUGGGCUCCAACUAGGGUUCCUCGCUGGAGAAUACACAAGGUCUUAUGUGACCUGUGCCCUGGGCAUCCACUUUGUGGGCUACGUGAUGAUCUGCUUCUCAGCUUUCACCUCCCUGUGCUCCCUGCUGUAUGGGAAGAUCUCCAAGUACACGGGCAGAGCCGCGCUCUACGUGCUGGGUGCGGCCACUCAGCUCUCUUGCAUCAUCGUCCUCCUGCUGUGGAGCCCGACCUCGACCCAGAUGCCUGUGUUCUUUAUCCUUUCUGGCCUGUGGGGAAUGGCAGAUGCUGUGUGGCAGACACAGAACAAUGCUCUUUAUGGUGUCCUGUUUGAAGAGAACAAAGAAGCUGCUUUUGCCAACUACCGCCUUGGGGAAGCCCUGGGGUUUGUCAUUGCCUUUGGGUACAGCUCAUUUCUGUGUGUGAACACCAAACUCUACAUUCUCUUCAGUGUCUUGAGUGUGGCCAUGGUGGCUUAUGGGAUUGUUGAACACCUGGAAUACAGGGCUGUUUGCAAGGUGUUUGCUGCAAAAGGGAAAAGCCAAGGAGAAGAAGAUGAAGAAGAUGAAGGAGGAAAAAUGAGAACAGAAAUGUGAGGUGACCAAGAAGGGCAUCAGCGGAGGCGUUCCACAUGGCAGCACUCAGGAGAUAGACUUAAUUCUUCACAACAGUUUCGGAAAUAUGUGGACAUUCUGAAGAUCAUCUAUAGUUUUUUAUGUAUUUUUCUCAAUUUCACAAAUAUCCAGUCCAUUUUUAUUUUCUACUCAUAGAGAUUAAAGCUAAAUGCAAAGGGGUAGCAAUAUA